ACCCUACUAGCCAUGGUACUUAUGAACGUCUUGAGAAAUGUUCUCCAAUCCAUUGUCAACGCUGAGAGAAUUGGAAAGAGGCAAGUUAUGGUCAGACCAAGCUCUAAGGUCGUCGUCAAAUUCUUGAAAGUCAUGCAACAACACGGAUACAUCAACGAAUUCGAAAUCAUUGAUGAUAAGAGAAAUGGCAAGAUCGUCAUUGAACUCAACGGAAGAAUCAACAAGUGCGGAGUCAUUUCCCCAAGAUUCAACUUGAAGAUCAAAAACUUCGAAAAGACUCUCGGACAGAUCCUACCAUCCAGACAGUUCGGAUUCGUCGUCAUUUCCACUAAUCAUGGAAUCAUGGACCACAUCGAAGCCAGAAAGAAGCAUUUGGGAGGAAGAAUUAUUGGUUUCUUCUACUAAAUAGUUAUUCUCAAAGGUUUAUUAAAAA